AGCAACACAGGUUGCCUCGUUUGCAUUUCUCCUGUUAUUUUUACCAGAUAAUGUCUCUGUACGACGACGACGAUGGGAUGAUGAAGGACAAGACGGACCAGGUGGCCGGCUGGUCUUCAGGAAUAAAACUGAUGCAGUCGCAGUUGCAGCUCAAACAAAAGUCGAGUGCACCAUCCCUGUUAGUUAACCAGACGAAAAAAGACCCUCUGAAGAAGCCCCCACCCACACUUGCGCCUGUAAUCAACUUGAAAAAAGCGAAAUCGACCCCCGGUGAUGUGAAAAUAGAGAAGAGACCCAUUCACGUGUCUGGUUUUCACAAUGAUAGUCGAAAACAUGUCCUUCCCAUCACCUCAAUGAGCCACAUUCCUAAAACGGCCAGUAAUGAACUUGAGUGGAAUUGGGACGACGAGUAUGAUCCUAUGUGGCCAAAUGAUUACGAAAAUGUUGUCCAAGAUAUGAAAGAGAGAAAAAGUCGAGAGAACGAUGAGGAGCGAGGAAAGUGGAAAAGCAAAAGCAACAGUGGUGGGGGCAGCAAUAGGGACGACACAAAACGAAAUGGCUCAAACAGAUACGGAGAGGACACAAAGCGGUUUAAAGGCUUUGGUGGCAAGCGGGAAAGCGAUGAGGAAGAGGAAGAGAGUCCUAAACCAAGGAUUCAAAGAGGUGGUGGGGCUGCGAUUGCGCCCCCUCCAUCCCUUCAAGAAAAGCAAAGCCCUCCUAGAGCGCUUUCCACACCAAAGAGUGCAGGCAAUACCUUCGAAGGCGGGUCCGUGGCCGCUAAAAUCAUGGCGAAAUUUGGUUAUAAGGAGGGUCAAGGACUCGGUAGACAGGAGCAAGGAAUUUCAACGGCGCUUCAGGUGGAGAAAACGAGCAAGAGAGGCGGCAGGAUAGUGCACGAGCCCCCGCCUGUCAGCACACUCUUUGGCGGCGCCCCUGCUUCGCCACCACCGCCGAAUCUGUUUGCGCCUCCUCCGCCCCCUGCUCCUUCAGCCCCAUCGGGGGUUACUGCCGACGAUGUCAACAUCACAGAAAUGAUGAGGAACCCUUCAAAAGCUGUCUUGCUCAGGAAUAUGGUUGGUCCUGGUGAGGUUGAUGCGGAUUUGGAACCUGAGGUUAAAGACGAAUGCAUCACUAAGUACGGCGAUGUAGUUAAAGUAGUCAUUAAGGAAAUUCCCAACGUGGUGCCUGAGGAGGCAGUACAGAUUUACGUUGAGUUCAAGCGCAUGGAAUCUGCAAUUAAAGCUGUCGUCGAUUUAAAUGGAAGAUUCUUUGGAGGGCGGCAAGUAAAAGCAGUGUUUUAUGACCACGAGAAAUUAGCGAACAACAUUUUGCUGUAAAUAAAAAAUAAAAUGUUCAUUAGAAUUUCCGAA